AUGCUUGAGAGGAGGUCAAGCAAGCUCGGCAAGAGGCCCACCCUAGCACCAGUUAUAGCCCUCGAGGGGGAUCCUAUCGCUAUAGGACUUGAACACCUCUUUAGCAUUGUCAAGAGGGCUGCGAGUCAGAUAGGCAGUGCCCUAAAGGAGGAGGAGAGGGAGGAAAAGGAUGCUGCUGUCGAGAAGCAGCUUAAGGACCUAGAGUCUAAGGUUAGCACUGUUAACGACAAUGUCACACAGAUGCUAGCGAUGAUGCAGUAG